GUGCAGACGUGGGGUGUGGACAGCUAAAUGCACGGCCUCCGAUGACAUCGUGAUCAAACUCUAGAUGAGUGAAAGCUAAGCAGUGCCUCUCAAAGGCUUGUAUUGAUCAGACUAUGUGUGGUCGGUAAAUAUUAACCCACAGAAUUUACAUUUUAAUUCGUAAACACAAGAGAUUCGCUGACGCUGGAGGGCCAGAGCAGCACAUUCAAAACGCUGGAGGAACUCAGCGGGUGAGGCAGCAUCUGCGGAGGGGAAUAAACAAUCGACAUUUCGGGCUGAAACCCUUCAUCGGGACUGGAGAAGAAGUGGGAAGAAGCCGGAAUGAGAAGAUUUGGGAGAAGGAGUACUAACUAGGUGGUCGCUGAUGGGUGAAACCAGUGCAGCGGGGGCGAUGGACUGCGACCCAGGCCUCGGCCCGGAGGAGGCGGAGCAGGAGAAGCUGUGGGAGAAGAUCGAAAGCAAGCGUCACAUCCUGACCAAGACCAUCAACCCCAGCAAGCUGACCGCCUACCUCCGCCAGUGCAGAGUCAUCGACGAGGAGGAUGAGGAUGAGAUCCUGCACUCACAUCUGCUGACCUCCCGCAGGACUCGUGCAAGCCGUCUGCUGGACAUCUUGCGUUCCCGUGGUAAACGUGGUCACCAAGCCUUCCUCGACUGCCUGGAACUUUACUACGCUGAACUGUACAAGUUAAUCACAGGCAAGGAGCCAACCAGAAGUUGUUCGGUGCUAGUUGUGGAGGAGGGUUAUGAGGGAUUGACUCAGUUCCUGAUGUGUGAGGCCGUGAAGGUUCAGAAGCAACUGAGGGACCGCGACAUGGAGAUCCACAAGCUCCAGAGCAAGUGUGAGGAGGUGCAGGAGGCCAACAAGCAGCUCGGCCAGCAGGCCCAGGCGCUGAGGGGCUUCCAGGAGCGCUACCACAAGCUGAAGGAAGAGUUCAAGGUCUUCAACAACCAACUCAACAAGCUGAGGGAGGACAGCUUCGUGCUGGCGAUGAAGCACGCCCAGCUCCACGAGGAGAAGAACAUGGUGGCGAUGAGGAACCGAGACCUGCAGCUCGAGAACGACCAGAUGAGGUGCAAGCUGGCGGGGAUGGAGGAGGAGUGCCUGCUGGCCCGGAGGCUCUCCAGCAGGCUGCAAGAGGACAUGGAGAGCAUGCCCAGCAAGCAGAGCGUCAGCAAGCUGCAGCUCGACAACCAGCAGCUGCGCUCCACCAUCCAGGAGCUGCAGCACAUCCUGCAGACAAGGAACAAUUUUCCCAGCAUGGACAAGGCCUUCCUGGACAUCAUGGACCACGACCGGAGGGAAGCCCUCGAAGAGAGGCAGGCGUUGGUAGAGAAGAUCCACAAUAUUAGCCUGGAGCUCCAGCAAGCUGAGAACCUCCGGGACAAGCUCCUGAGGGAGAAGGAAGACCGGGGCCUCCAGUUCACACUGCUCACAAAGGAAUGUCAAAUGCAAAAACGGAGGCUUGAAACUGUUCUGCAGCAAAUCGAAGAGGUUGAGAAGGAACGGGACCAGGCGUAUAAAGCUCGGGACGAGGUGCACUCUGUCAACGCCCAGCUCCUGCUGGACAACAGCAGGUAUCGGCGGGAGAUCUGGGGAAUGGAGGAGAAGUAUGACCGGCUGCAGAUGGAGCUGACCAGGAAGGAGGGAGAGGUGUUGGUCUUACAGUACCGGCUGAUGGAGCAGAGAUCAACCAGCGCCAGCCUGGACCUUCCAGACCUCUGUCUAACGCCCGGUCCGACGAGCAGCAGUCUCGAGCCCACCGGCUUUGCCGAGGAAUGGAGCAGCGUGGAUCCUAAAGAAGGCAGGAGCCUCCCCGCAUCCAACCUCAGCAGGCGGAAUUGCGUCAAGAGACAGGAAUUCUCGUCAGUCCAAAUGCCGGAGUUUCCAGAGAGUGAAUGUGGUGAAGAAACGCCUGCGAUGGAAGUCCUCUGGCUAGACAUCGAAAAUGAGCAGAACAUCAACAGGUUCUCGAUGAUUCCCUUCCCACCUUGCAAGUCCUCUUUGAUGCGACGCGUUAGAGACGAGGAACUCAGCAGCAGGUUUGAAUUCGGGCCCCUCCGGAGUUCAAAGGAUUUUGGCAACAGUUGUCCAGAUCAAAUUCAAAACCUGUGCUUAUCGUUCACUGCUGGCUCAGAGAGGAAUCCCUUGUCCCCAUGUUCGACAUUACUGGCCAGCGAUUCGAACAGCGUCAGAGCCGACACUGACAGGAGGACACAGUCUCUGUCGUUGUCUUUGCCGGACCUCAGCAACGUCAAGCAUGAGCGUGAUCGCGUCCUCAGGGAGCUCGAGGGUGAUGCAGCCACCAUCUUGGACAGCCCUGAGCCGGAGCAGCACUACAAACUACUGGGGCUGGACAAGGAAAACAAGCAGAGGACCACGCUGCCAAACUGCGCUGGGAAGAGAGCCUUCUGGACCGUGCAUCCGUGUGCUUUGCCGGAUCCCCUUCAGUUCCAGCCAAGCAGGGCCUACAGGACGCUUCAGAGUGUGCGGCAGGACAGCGAGCGGCUGAAUGAAGACUCCUUCUACAUCCGAGUGAACCUCAAUAUUCUGGGACAGGUCGACAACUGCUCCUUGCAGGUGAAGUGUGAUGAGAUUUUGAACGUGUUGGACACCGAGUGCCACUCGGGCAGCGAGUGGCUCUGUGCUCGUGUGGACCCAGUCACUAAGCAGGACCUAGAGCAAGGAACCAUUCCCAGCUAUAACAGAGCUCAUCAGCUACUCAUGGUAAAAAUUCACGCACUGAUUGGAAACUUCCAGAAGAACGGAAGAGCGAAAAAGAAUCACAAUAAGCUGAAGAUGCUGGGUGGAGACCGAGUGAGGAUUGUGGCAGCGAGGAUUUCCGGGAGCCCCUCCGGCACCUGUAGUCCUUCCUUCAGCUUCUCCCUUGAAGCUAAGAAUAAGAAGGUUACGCCUUACAGCCUCGUUCAGCCCGUCAGUGUGCACCAGAGGAGACCGGUGCUGAUCAUGCCGACCGUCUUAGCCAAGCCCCUGAUCCAACGCAUCCUCCAGUUACCGGCCGCCUCAGAGUUUGACAUUGUGCAGCCAGAGGUUCUUACCAAAGAGGAACUGAAGACCAAAGUGCGGUUCUCCUUCCAAAGGAUCCUGAACCAGGACAAGUAUGAAAGCAUCACGCUCGAAGCCAUCAGAGACGUCAUAGCUAAGAACAAGCAUGGUUUACUUCCUUUGGGAGUGCACACUGUGAAGGACUUAAUCAGCAAGGAUAUCUACACCAUCAUCAUUCACAUCAAAGUUUCUCCAAAAAACAUUAAGAAACUGAGGUAACUUACUGCGGCGUGAUGACAGUGAGCGUUGGGGCAGGCCUGAGGAGUUGAGAGUGUACUGCUGGAGUUGUAUCAAUGGAGGGGAGUGGGAAGAGAUGGGAUACUGCGGGCUGUGUUGGGCAGGUGAGGUGAUCACUUAGUGAUUGAGAACACUUCCUGCUCGGGUCCUGGUCUCUUACAUCAGGGCAGGUGCCUAGAAUGUACCCCGGUCCAAUCCCUGAAUUCCAAC